AUGUCCAUCAUGAACUCCUUCAUCAACGACAUCUUCGAGAAGCUCGCCGCCGAGGCCGCCAAGCUCACCCGCUACAACAAGAAGUCCACCAUCACCUCCCGCGAGAUCCAGACCUCCGUCCGCCUCGUCCUCCCCAGGGAGCUCGCCAAGCACGCCAUCUCUGAGGGCACAAAGGCUGUCACCAAGUUCACCUCGUCUUAG